AUGGCAGUGGAGGCUGUCCUGUUAUUGCAAGAAAAGAUAAACGAUGAAGAUGAUGAUACUGUGACAAUGCGGCUCCUUGUUCCAUCUAAAGUCAUCGGUUGCGUCAUCGGGAAAAGUGGGUCUAUCAUCAAUGAAAUCCGGAAAAGAACUAAAGCCGACAUACGAAUUUCCAAAGGCGAGAGGCCUAGGUGUGCCGAUGAAGAUGACGAACUUGUCGAGGUUGUUGGACUAGUUGGCAGUGUAAGAGAUGCGCUUAUCCAAAUUGUCUUGAGGCUUCGAGAUGAUGUCUUGAAGGAUCGUGAGGAUUUUCGUGACCAUAAUUCAUCUGCUGGUGUUGAGACUUUAUAUGCGGGUGGCCCUUCUCUUCCUGUUUCAUCAGUUAUUCGUGGUUUUUCUUCGAGUGCUGCUGCAUUGGGAUACGAGCCGAGAGCUGAUACUCGGAGUAGUUUGGAAUUGCUUCCCUCGAGUGGAUAUGGAUAUGGAUCUUUAUCAAUGGGAGAUAGAGGUUAUGGACCAGUGUCUUCACAUUCCUCAUCACUAUAUACGGGAUUGCCUUCACUGUCUGCUCUUGAGAUGCCUAUCCCUGCACAUGCUGUUGGCAAAGUCAUGGGAAAAGGCGGCUCAAACCUUGAGAAUAUCCGUAAGUUAUCUGGAGCUGCUAUCGAGAUUUCAGAUUCGAGGACCAACCGAGGUGAACGUGUGGCUUUUAUAUCUGGCACCUCUGACCAAAAACGUUCAGCCGAAAACUUGAUCCAGGCAUUCAUUAUGGCUACUUAA